UAAUAAUACUCGGGAUGAAAUAAUGACCUACAAAAAUCAUAGAGUGAAGCUGAUGGCUUCAUCAAAUAUUCGCGGUUCCUCUCUGGGUUUGGUUGCGUGACUGAACUUACUGAAACCUGAUGGCUUCGGGCGGCGGAACAGGAAAUGUCGGAGGAGGUGGAACAGCUGGGUCAGGGGUUGAGUGGCACAUAAGGCCUCAAUCUCAUAAGAAUCCUAUCGUCUUCUUCGACGUAACCAUCGGAAGCAUCCCUGCUGGCCGUAUCAAGAUGGAGCUCUUCGCCGACAUUGCUCCCAAAACCGCUGAAAACUUCAGGCAAUUUUGCACAGGCGAGCACAGGAAAGCUGGAAUUCCACAGGGUUAUAAGAAUUCUCAGUUUCAUAGGGUGAUUAAGGAUUUUAUGAUUCAAGGUGGUGAUUAUCUUAAGAAUGAUGGAAGUGGAUGUGUAUCAAUAUAUGGUAGUAAAUUUGAUGACGAAAACUUCAUUGCAAAACACACUGGACCUGGUUUAUUAUCUAUGGCAAAUAGUGGGCCAAAUACUAAUGGUUGUCAGUUCUUCAUCACCUGUGCGAAAUGUGACUGGCUCGAUAACAAACAUGUUGUCUUUGGGCGAGUACUUGGCGAUGGUCUUUUUGUGAUGAGGAAGAUCGAGAAUGUGGCUACAGGACCAAAUAACAGGCCAAAAUUGCCUUGUGUUAUUGCUGAAUGCGGGGAGAUGUAACACACCAGCUUCUCUGAGUUCUCUCAUUGACAACCAGACCUAAUAGAGUUGAAAGGAGAAACGUACCAUAUGAACUUAUUAUUGUGUUAACAUUGUAUGAAUGGCCCUGUUCAGAAUUUAUGGGGAAAAGUCUUUAUUUCUUCGGGUUUUAACUCUCAUGCUCGUUGUUUUAAAUUGCGUUCCGC